AUGGAGAUGUACGAAGAAAAUGACGAGCAACGGCAAAUGCGCCGAGUGGCCUUUUUCGCGAUUGUAGUUUCAACGGUUGCGGUUAUCGCUUCGAUUGUUACUCUGCCAAUGCUUUACAAUUACGUACAAUCCUUCCAAAGUCAUCUGAUUGUUGAAUCUGAUUUCUGUAAGACAAGGUCUCGCGAUAUGUGGAAAGAAAUGAAUGUUAUCGAAGGAGGAUUGCGCACGAAGCGUUCAUCAGGAUCUUGGUUAUUCGGCCAGUAUAUACCUCCAAGCAAUGGCGGAGGUGGAUAUGGUGUCCAAACGCCACUUUUUGCUCCUGUCGAGGAAGCGGGACCUUCGUGUUGCUCUUGUCAACAGGGACCAGUUGGUCCUCCAGGACCACCUGGGGAUGAUGGACCUAGUGGCAAAGAUGGAGACAAUGGUCAGGAUGGAGAAGAUGGACGAGAUGGAGAAAUUUUGGAUUCUCCUAUAGAGCAGUCAGAGCCAUGUGUAGUGUGUCCGCCUGGGCCUCCAGGUCCAGUUGGCCAGGCAGGGCCUAAGGGACCGCAAGGACCAAGAGGGAAGAAUGGAGAAAAAGGAUCCGACGGUAAGCCAGGUGAAGUUGGUAUGGCUGGUGCAGCUGGUCCGCCAGGCCCAACUGGUCAACCGGGACCUGCGGGAGCUCCUGGGCAGCCAGGAAAAGUUAUUGAAAUUAGUGGACCUCCAGGUCCGCCAGGUCUACAAGGUCCACCUGGUCCUCCUGGUGAGAAGGGUGCGCCUGGUGUACAAGGUGAGGCAAAACCAGGUGUGCAAGGGCCGAAAGGAAACACUGGAGGGCCAGGCGCACUUGGGGCACCUGGUCCUAAAGGUCCAGCGGGUCCUCCAGGUGAGCAGGGUCCUUACGGCACCUGUGACCACUGUCCGGAGCCAAGAACUCCACCAGGAUAUUAA